CAAGGGCAAGGUGAGAGCGGAGAUGCGCCUGGGUGGGCUACCGAAGGGGAAGAGGACAGCGAUGCGGGAGUCAUUGAACAUGUCCAGGGGCAAAUUAAACUACAAGUGGCCGCAUAUCCGCUACGCACCCAGCGCCUCCAGCUAAAGCCCCGUGUCAGUUAUUUCAGAACUAAAAUGUAAACCAGCGGUUUGAAUAUAAACACCAAGCUCACUGCAGCAGAUUCCAAUGGAAUCAAAUUAUUGGAUUGGCUGCAGCAGAUAAGCUUCAACUCGCCUCCUUUCCCGCAACGGUCGAUUUGUAGAAUUUAGAAAAGGUGCAGAUAUCCGACAUAUCUUUCUUACCUGCCUGACUCAUCAACUGUCCAGGGCGGCGCCAUGCUGACGAUGAUUACAGAGGGGAUCCUGUGCUGUCUGACGGGGAAGUCGGCAGGCGUGGUGGUGCCGGUGGAGAGCUCGGUGCCGGCCGACAGCUUCGAGUUUGUGGAGGUGAAGCCGGGCCGGGUGCUGCGGGUGCGGCACAUCGUGCCGGAGCGGGCGGUGGUGGAGCCGCCGAGCGAGCCGGACGGCAGCGUGCACUGCAAGCGCCGCAUCACCGUGUACCGCAACGGCCAGCUGGUGAUCGAGAACCUGGGCGACGUGCUGCGCGCCGAGAUCCUGCAGUGCCCCAAUGGCGGCGCCGAGCCCUGCACCACGGUGGAGCUGGAGCUGUCCGACUACAACAGCAACGCCACGCCCGCCACGCCCGAGCCCAAAGCCACGCCCCCCGCCGUGCCGGACCCGCAGCAGCCCGCCCCGCCCCCCCGCCGCCGCCGCAGGAAGCCCAAACGCACCGUGAUGAUCGACUCGCACCGCAAGGUAUCCAGCUGCAAGGGCACGCACCAGGACGUGGCACUGUUCUUCGUGCACGGUGUGGGCGGCUCGCUCGACAUCUGGGGCAGGCAGCUGGACUUCUUCUCCCGCCUGGGCUACGAGGUCAUCGCCCCCGACCUGGCGGGACAUGGCGCCAGCUCCGCCCCCCGCAUCGCCGCCGCCUACACCUUCUACGCCCUGGCCGAGGACCUUCGCGCCAUCUUCAAGAGAUACGCACGCAAACGCAACAUCCUCAUAGGCCACUCCUACGGGGUGUCGUUCUGCACCUUCCUGGCGCAUGAGUACCCUGAUCAGGUGCACAAGGUGGUGAUGAUAAACGGCGGCGGCCCCACAGCCUUGGAGCCCAGCCUCUGCUCCAUCUUCAACCUGCCCUCCUGUGUGCUGCACUGCCUCUCCCCCUGCCUCUCCUGGAGCUUCCUAAAGGCGGGGUUUGCCCGGCAGGGCGCCAAGGAGAAGCAGCUGCUGAAGGAGGGCAACGCCUUCAACGUGUCAUCCUUCGUUCUGCGUGCCAUGAUGAGCGGCCAGUACUGGCCCGAGGGCGACGAGGUGUACCACGCCGAGCUGACCGCGCCCAUCCUGCUGGUGCACGGCAUGCACGACAAGUUCGUGCCCAUCGAGGAGGACCAGCGCAUGGCCGAGAUCCUGCUGAUCGCCUUCCUGAAGGUCAUCGAUGAGGGAAGCCACAUGGUCAUGAUGGAGUGUCCCGAGACGGUCAACACCCUCCUGCACGAGUUCUUCCUGUGGGAGCCUGACACUUCCUCCAAACAGGACCCCACAGAGCCCGUCCCCAACAAGACCGCACUGGCCAAUGGCACGCCCCAUGCGCCUGUUGCGAGCAAACCUAAGAACAAGUAACCAAUGGGGAUCCUUGUUUCUGAAAGGAAGGGGACCAAUCCAGUUGUUUGUUCUUGGCGGGCUGCAUUUGGCAUGUCUGCUCAUUGGCUACGGGCUGGUGUUUAAACACAGCCAAAGGCUGAGGAAGAGGAAGAGGAGGAAGGAUGUGGGCAGCAGCUGAUCCUGAACCGUGCUGAGAAUCUGGGAUGUGGAAAAGCAGACGCUUUGGGGGAACUCCUGCUGAGGCAGCUGCAGAGCUGACACGUUCUUGCCCCGUGUCCCGUUACCCAUCUUCACACAACGACACCUCCUCCCGCAGACGCGGCCGUCUGGGACCGGCGCGCAGGAGAAGCCCAGCGCAUUUCUGUCUUCAGUUUAGAGCCGGACAGAAGCAGCGAGUUGAGUGGACCAUGGCUGACCGGGUCGGGGAAAUGGUUAUAAUUAGGGAGUGUUGCACCCUGUGUUCCCCCGGUAACCUGCACACGGCACCUGAGCGAUGCAGUUCAGGUGCAGCCUAGCAACGCUAACGUCUUCCCAACCUAAAAAUAAAUGUGUCCAUUUUCCCAGCCAGAGGAAAAACAAUGCCAUCGAUGGUCGAACAGCCUUACCUGCUCCAAGGAAAUGGCUGAACACUGUAGCACUUACGUCGGCUCUUCUCUUAGUGUUCUUAAAACUAUUGUAAUUAUUUAAAUGUGUGUCCAUGCACAUUCUCUUGCUGAAAUUAAGCUCUGCUGUUUGCCUGUGUAUCCUGGGGUUAUUGUUGAACUCAACAACAAAGUGAAUGGAUUUGUGCUGCUGUCUGAUGAUA